CUCCGUCUCCUUUAUUCGGGAGCGCGUUCUGAGAGCAGGCAGAGCGGAGCAGGUGCUGCACGCGCGUUUUAACGGCAGCCUGAUUUCAGCACCGCGAGGCACGGAACAGCUCCGCGCGCGCGCGCACACACUCACAUAUAUACACACACACACACACACACACACACGGUCGGCGUCGCCAGGUUUCUGUGCUUCUGAUGGCCAUGAGGACGCUCGCGCUGCUCCUUCUGCUGCACGUCGUGGCCUCAGCAGCGUUUCCCACCACGCCUGCAGGAAAGACAGAGUCCAGCAGGCAGCUGACCGAGGAGAGGCCGGUCCAGCAGCAGAUUGCAGAGGCGGACAGCAUCAGUAAGACAGAGCCCAAACCCACCCAGCCAUCUGAGGCAGAGUCUGACUCGGACAGUGAUGACAUCACUCUGCUGAAGACUCUGGCCGAGAAAUCUAAAGAGUCAAAAAAUGAAACACCGAAGUCGGACUCAGGAGAGAGUUUUGUACCCGACGAAUCCGAUUCAACCAAGAACAGAAGAGUAGCAGACGACUACGAUUCCACCAAGAAUGGCAUGGACUACAAAUACCAAGAUGAUCCGGAGAGCUUUCGUCAGCUGGACGGAACCCCGCUGACGGCCGAGGACAUCGUCCAGAAGAUCGCCAACAAGAUCUACGAGGAGGACGACAGAGGCGUGUUCGACCGAAUCGUCUCCAAACUCCUCAAGCUGGGCCUGAUAACCGAAAGUCAGGCGGACACGCUGGAGUACGAAGUUGCUGAAGCUCUGCAGGAUCUCAUCACCAAAAAUGCCAAAGAGAAUGAGAUCGAGGACCUGGGCACCAGAACUGCUGACCCUGAAGAGACUCCAGAGGAUAACGGGGUACAACAGGGUGAGGAGGACAGGCAGAGCCAGCGUUUGGACGAGGAUGAGGAUGCUGGCGACGAUGAGGAUGCAGCCGACGAAGAUCAGGACGAAGAGAGCAGAGACGACGAUGAGGCGGCCGUGGAGUCGUGGGACGGAGUGAGUGACGGAAACGACAGAAACGAGCUGAGUCCAGAAGACGGCCUGCAGGACCUGCAGUACUUCCCCAACUUCUACAGACUGCUGAAGAGCCUGGACUCAGAGCAAGACGCUGAAGAGAGAGAGACUCUGAUCACCAUCAUGAAAACGCUCAUCGACUUCGUCAAGAUGAUGGUCAAAUACGGCACCAUCACACCUGAGGAGGGCGUGUCCUACCUGGAAAAUCUGGACGCCAUGAUUGCCAUGCAGACGAAGAACAAGCUUGGGAAAGCCCUGGGCCCCAUCCGUGUUACGCCCCCUACAGGAAAAGUGACAGAUGAGGAUGACAACACAAAAGAGGAGGCUGCCAAGAUGCAGAGGGAAUAUGAGUCCCUGAAAGACUCAACCAAGGACGACCAGACAGCUGCUGAGAACAGCCAUGCUGGAAAGUCAGAGACGUAUCUGGAGGCCAUCAGGAAGAACAUUGAGUGGCUCAAAAAGCAUAGCAAGGACAGCAACAAAGAGGACUAUGACCUGUCCAAGCUGAGGGACUUCAUGGACCAGCAGGUGGACGCCUACAUCAGUAAGGGAAUUCUGGAGAAGGACGAAGGAGAGGUCAUCAAGAGGAUCUACGGAAGCCUGUAGGCUAACAGUGCUACGAUAAUAAUCCAUUUACAAUAGUACUUGAGUCUGAGUCUGUACCGAUAAACGCAGUAAUGUAUUAACGAUAAACUCCCGCAGUAAGAUAUAGAACCCCAAACGGACUAAAGGCUGCAAUAACCGAAGGUAUUACUGAAGGUAUGUUGCGAAAGGCAAUACACACUGUCUGAUAUAAAAGAACAUCAAUUAGCAAUAGAUGAUUAGGCCUGCUAUUAGAAGAUACGCGUAAGAUACAAUAAUCUAAAAUGUAAAAUAUUCAUAUCUUUGAGUCCUCGGUCACAAGGAGAAGUGUUUCACUAUCUACAGGUUCGAAAUCCAGUGAAUUAGACCAGGCUGUAAGCUGCAGAAUGACUUUAGAGGACGCAUUGCAGAUUUUUGGCAUUAUUUUCCCGUUUUGCAUCCACAUUACAUGUCUGUGUACGGCAGCAUAAUCACUGUAUGUAUUCUGUCCUUGCAUUUUAUCUUGAUUUGAUUUCAGUAAAAGCUAGAAAACUUGUGCUAUGGGCUUUUCAGGCAACCAAAAACUCUUCAUUUUCUUACGUGUCCUGUCAGUGAGCUGUUUUUGUCGUUUCCUUUCUGGCCCGUAGGGGGCGCUGUCUCUGUCUCUCUCUCUCACUUCUGGGUCCUCUCCCACCGCUUGCAGAGUAUGUAACCUGUGCUCAGCUGUAGUCAAACACAAUCAAGUAUUUUUAAAUGUAAAUAUUGCGACUUUUCCAAAAUGCGAUUAAAUAUUGCCUUUCUUUAACUGUG